UAGCGCAGUUUGCGCCUAAGAACGGAAAAUAAGAUAGUUAGUCAGUUUAAAAAUUAGUUCUCAAUAAGAUACUCGAAGCGAAUUGAAGCUAUGAGUAGGAGUAGCAACACCUCACUUGCAAUUGUCAUUGCUUCGAUCUUAAUUUGUGUAUUAGUUCCGCUGGUUUUGGCCCUAGAAUUUGGAUACGGAGAAAGUUAUGGACCCGAGCAGUGGGGAGAGUGCAGUGGAAAACACCACAGUCCCUUAACCAUCGAUUUGGUUAAUGCCGUGGAGAAGAAUUUUACCGACCUGGAGAUUAUAAAUUUCAAUGUAGUACCCAGGACUUUUGAAAUGUCGAACAAUGGGCACACGAUACUGGUUAAGAUGAGUUUCAAUAAGGAAACAGUGCCGACGGUAAAAGGAGGUCCUUUCGCGGAGAGAACUCCUUUGGGCUAUCAGUUCGAGCAGUUCCACUUUUACUGGGGCGACAACGAGACCUUUACCAAUAAGGAUAUGGUCAUAAACCAAGCUUACCUCUUUGAGCUCCAUUUGGUACUACGGAAUUCGGAAUAUCCAAACUUAACAAUUGCUAUGGAGAAGGAUCAUGGAAUCGCUGUUAUGGCCUUCUACUUUCAUAUCGGACUCGUUCCAUUUAGGGGCUAUGAGGACUUCACCAACUUACUCGCCCAGAUUGACCGGAAAGGCCAAAGCGUGAAUAUGAAAUACCCAUUUCCUCUUGGAGAAUACAUUUCGAAGCAUAUGGAUAACUACUUCACCUAUAGUGAUUCUCUGACAAUUCCACCUUGUAGUGUGGAGGCUACCUGGUUGUAUUUCCCAUAUACCAUUGACAUUUCGGAGGAGCAAUUCAAUAUAUUUUACCGGCUGACUGCCAACGAUGACCAUCUGAAGAACGAUUUCCCACCCAACGAUCCAUUCAAUGUAGGCACUUUGUACAAAAACAAAGAGAAUCGGAAUGAUUCUUAUAGUGUGCCGCUUGUUAAUGUGGCAAACGCGGCUGAGAAGUGGAUGCCCCAUUUAAUGGAAGCUCUGCUUUAUGUUUGUGUCGUCGUAACGCUAUUAAGGACCUCCGAUUUCAGCGGUUUUUAAUUAGAGUUCGAUGGUUAAAUCGAUAUAUGCCUAGCAUGCGCUUAGGCGUUCAAUUAGGGCUGUAUUUAACCUUUUCCCAUUAACCACGAGUCCUGUCAGCAGGACAUCCAUAUACCUACGGAUAAGAGAUGGGCGGAAACGAGCGGACAAUUUAUUAAAUCAGAAUGGUUUUCUAGCACGAUACCCUUACUCAUCAAUUAUUCAGCCCCUUGAUUUUACAUGCUUGUCAAUGUAAAAAGGUUUUUUACAAAUUAUAUUUGAUUGUUCUGUGGAAUAACUAACAGCUUAGUAAAUGACCGUUUAACGAAAGUAUGUUCAUUAAUAGACUAUACUGAAAAAAUAUUUUAAUAUUACAUUUUCAUAAAAAACAAAUUUAUGUACAUAUAAGAUUGUAAAGCUUUGACGCAGAUAA